AUGCUGGAACCUGCUCAUCUCAGGAGGGCCUCUUGGUUCCAUCCAGUGGGAAACACAACACCUGUGUGCCUGACACAGACAAUCCCCCCUGAUCAGAAUGCCACUGUGCUUAUGUUGGGGUGUGGGGAUAUAAGAAAUGUGCUGUUUACAAUAUACUCAGAUCUGAAUAACCGUCGCAUCGACUUUACAUGCUGCGAUAUUGAAUAUGAGAUUAUUGCGCGCAAUGUCAUGCUCUACACGCUUCUCUUACAUAAAAACAAUAGCGAAGUCUAUAAAAACAUCUUCAGCAUCUACUACGACGUCAUGAUCAACGACGCCGCCUUGAAAAUGCUACGUUGGCAAGCCAGACGCUUAUGCCAGAUUGCUUCGUCAGCACAGGGUUGGAACGCAAGCCCGUAUGCGAAAUACAUUCGUUUUCUCGACGGACCCACACUUUGGAAUUGCCUACAGAUGUGGAAAACCUACUGCACGAGUCCGAUCAAUGGAAACAAGUAUUUGGAGGUACAGAACGGGCUUCGACGGGGCAUCGCCACAGCACAAGAUCUACAAUCCUUUUUCGUUGAGGAUCGCAAGUCAUAUUAUGGGAUCAAGGCUACGGCGCCGGUAUCUUUAUAUACGACUGAGGUAAUGGCGCUUCGAUACGGCUAUUACUGGCAUCGAGGCACCACAAAGCUCAGUGAUCCACCCUCAACGCCGUUGAGAAAGGGGCGUGUCCAUAUGAACCCAAUGUUUGCGACGGGGCGACCAGAGCUGUUGAUGCACUACGGUACCGAUCCUUACAGUUCAAUGCACAGUUCAAUCGCAUUUAUGUCGUUGACAAAGAAUUCACCGCUUGAGCCUAUCGGAGCGAGUAACUUUGAUCGACUGUACGAUGCCGCGUUUACUCAAUUCAAGGCCUAUGCGGAGGUGUUCCGAGCGAACAGCCACAAUAUCUCUAUUCGUGUUGCAAGUGCCGAUGCAAUCGCCUUUUGUCAUGCGCUCCAGCGUUUUGCAAACUUGGGAGACCCCAAGAAUUCAGGAUGGUAUCGCCGUGGUUGGGGGUUUGAGCCUAUGACGCUGGGGUAUAUGAGACCUGGAGAUCAUGCGUCGUUUGAUGUCAUUGAUACCUCCAAUCUAGCGGAUCAUAUUGGCUGCUUGAACCUGAUUUCUGCUGCUUCUCCCUUGCUCAGGCCAAGCCACACAUCGACUUUACGAGUUGAGACGGCCAUCAUUCGCGACAGGCAAGGUCCAGAAAGCGGUACUGAUAUUCUGGGAGGCCACUUUGCUGCUAUGUCGUCUAUAUUUAGUCUGAAUUGUAUACAGUUUUGGACGCAGAAUAGUAACACGCCUAUCUUCCCUGAGCACAUACUUGCAGAUCUCCCUAGAAGCGACUUUUAUAGCCAAUCUGUGUACUGUCGUUACGCCAUCGAGUGGCGGCAUAUGGGAGUUGAGAAUAAGUUGAGGAUGGAAGAAGAGGACCUGGCGCAGCUCAUUGCGGCAGUUUAUGCGCAGAUGUUUGGUGAUGAGGAUCCCGAGAGCUUUAAGCCUCGAAGACACAGGUACCAGCAGUACACUCGCGCUAGCUUCGCGGCCGUUGUGGGUGCAAUUAAGAAGGCUGUCCAGUUCUCAGACUGGGAUGAGAUUCUUCAAGACUUGAUGGAUAUUAUCAAGGAGAAUAACACGCUUGAUGCUAGGUACAAGGAGGAUUUGUACUUGCAACUACACCUUCAAGGUUUGUACACAGAAGAACGCUUUCGUCCUCUUGUCUCCUUCUUGGAUAAUUUCCAGGAGAUGACUGGGUUAAUGUCUGAAUGGACCUAUAUUCCAUCCACCGUCUGUUUAACUAUGGUCAUUCCAAGGGGAAAUCUAAGCUAUUUAGAAGAACAUUUCCCAUCGACAGCUCUCAUUGGGCAGAUAUGUUUAAUGACUAAAAAUAUCUACAACCUCUCAAAGUAUGAUUGCUUUCAGAGCGUGCAGCUGUGUUUCGGUACCGUCAAUGCAAUAGGGAAGUGCUUCACUGAUGAAUACACUGUUAAUGUGGACGCCGAUCGUACCGGCAAAAGCUGGGAGGGAACCAGCGAUCUCGUUGCUUCUGUCAUCAUCCCGAGUUGGAAACUGCUCGAGCAUCCUGGUUUGGAUUUUGACGUUGCUUUUGCUCUUCGAGAAACGACAGACUCUCAGGAGGCACUGAAGAAGGAAUUUGGAAGAGACAUGAUCAUUUUCCGUGACCGUGUUAGCGGAGAAAGCGUCUUCCUAACUGGACAGCAGCCUCACAUGUCUGGGACGAUGUGGGUUCCAAAUUUGAAUCCAGUCGCGAGUCAUUCGAACCCACCGAUUCAGUUCCAACCGCGCUACUAUGAAAGGGACCUGACUGGGAAUCAUGAUUAUUUUCGGCCAGAUCUGGAUACUUCUAUUGAAACCCCGGCACGUACGCUAGUGAACGACACGCCCAUCUUGGUUAAAUGCAUUUCUGCAUUUCAACACAUCAUACAAGCGCCAGGGUGGAAUUCUGGGGAAAAGACUGAAGUCGAACUCUUCCUCCCCAUGCCAGUGAUCAGCGAGAUAUCCAGCUCUGAGCCUAUACGUCCAGUGUGUGGAAAGCUGACAUAUUCGGCAUACAUGUCUACUGUAGAAUGGCUGUUCAAGCAGCCCAACACGUUAUUCCCAGUGUUCUUGGACCAGGGGAAGCCAAUUUUACAAAAUCUACAUUACAUCAACCUCGACAAACUGCCUAUUUUGAGCCUGUCACAGAAUUACAACUAUGCAUGGCUUCAAGACCAUAUCACGUCCACCAUGUCCUACAAAGAACAAGUCGCCAAUCACAAAAAGUCCCUGCAAAAACGCCGUGCUCUCUGCGACGUGCGAGUGCGCUUCAAAAACUCACUUUUCCAUAUCUUCCAAGUCUUCCUCCAAUACCGUCCUGCGCGCGUUCCAUUUGUCAUUUCCAACAAGACAGAGGGUCUAGUAUAUUUAAUCUGCCCAUCCAACCUUCGUCUCGACCUAUCCAACAAAACAAUCGUUCUCGACUGCAUUGUCGCCCAUCUCAACAAACAAAGCCUGCCAUACCUCCGUCCCUGGCUCGAAGGCCCCUCAGCCCGAGAAUUCGAACGGAUAAAAGUCAGAGACGACGAGCUGCUGAUAUGGAAACACACUCUCCCCGCCUUUGCCGAGCGCUGUCGCACUUGGUGCCAUACGGCAGAUUGUGAGUACCAAUCCGUAAAGAAAAUCCCGCCGUCGACGGAAAUAAUGCAGCCCGGGGCGUUUUGUUCCUGCGCAUACGCGUUUUCACGAGAUUCGAGCUAUGAUUUGGGUGAUGAGCAGAUAUGGUCGUGUGUACGGCCCCAUGCGGUGCGCGUGGCAUUGACACUUCCCUUCCCAUUCCCGUUUGGGCCAGCGAAUGUCGGCUCGGAUGUUGAGAUGUGGGAGAAGUGCGUUAAGCCGAGGAUGGCGAAGCAUCCCAUGCACGGGAAAGCAAGGGAUGUUAGAUGGUGUCUUUCCUGUGGGCGAACAGAGGAUAAGGAGAAGGUCGAGUUGGAGGUGUGUGGUGGUUGUAAGAAGGUGUGGUAUUGUUCGGAGAUAUGUGUUCAUUGGGAUUGGUACUACGGGGGUCAUAAAUUGUCCUGUCGUCGAUUGAGGAAAUCGUCUUGA